GCCCGACCAUGGCCGAGUACUGGAAAUCAACACCAAAAUACUGGUGCAAGUUCUGCUCCACAUUUGUGAAGGACACCAAAUUCGAACGCGCGCAACACGAAGCGACCGGCCGCCAUCAGGGCAAUAUCCAGCGCAGCCUCAAGGGGCUCCAUCGCGAACAAGAGAAUGAAAAGCGCAACCAGGCGCGUGCACAAGCAGAAGUCGCACGUCUAAAUGGUCUCGUGCCAUCUGCAUCCACGCCUUCCGUCGCAACCGGCGUAGGCGGCAAACCUACAUACGAGAAGAAACCACAACAGAAGGCGACAGUAGACGAUAGAAAACGGCAAUGGGAGCAGUUAGCCGCCAUGGGUGUGGCGCUUCCUGCGGCCGCAAGAGGCGACAUGGCGAUAGCAGGUGAAUGGAAGACGGUCAAGGAAGAAGUCGUGGGAGAAGUGACGGAAGACGGAGAGUUCAAGGCGACGUCGCUGAACAAGGGCGUACGGAAGAGGCAGCUUGACGAGGAUGAGGAGGAACGGGAGGCCGCUGGUGAAAUCAUUACGAAACGGAAGGGUUGGGGACAUACCUACAAGAGUUUCCCAGGCAGCAAGGGCGGUGACGACGAUAUCGAGAGUUUGCUCGGGAAGAAAAAGCCGCAAGCCGAGGUCAAGAAGGAGAAACAAGAGGAUGGGGUGAAAGCUGAAGCUGAAGAAGACAACGACACGACAACACUGCAAGAUAUACCUACGGCCGAGGAAGCGGAGGCGAGAGCUGCCGAGACUGUUGUCAAGAAAGAAGAAGAUGCGCCAGCUGCACCAGCUGUGGUAUUCAAGAAGAGGAAGAAGGCGAAAUGAAGGGCAUGACCAGCGAUACAACCCACAGUAUCUGCACUCGCCGCUCACGCUGCUACGCUCCUCGUCCCGAAACUCGCGUAUUCAAGCUUCAACUUGGAUCCCCGUCCAUAGCAGACUUUCUCAAUAAGCUUAGGGAAGCCUCAGAUGAGUUUUGCCGAUAAGGAUGGACAUGCGCAUGCAGCAGGAUAUCAUCACUGACCACCACAAGGGUCUGAGUGACUACCUGGAUGACCAUGCUGAUUAGAAAACAGCCGCAUAUAGUUAGUGAAGUACUGUCUUCAGGUGUCUUUGUGAAGGAGCAACCAAUGGCGGAGCGGAGAGUGCAAAGUAGGAACUUGGGACGUUUACCUCUCAGAAUCAGCGAGACCAAGGUGAAGGAACACCAAGCUCACCGUGCUAUCACAGUACAUGCCAUACUCCAAAUACUUUUGAUGUUUGAUUGUCU